CCAUCUUGUAUCUAUUUAUAUUUGAUGUCUGUGCUUUCGGUAAAUAGUAACACUAUAGCAGUUGCUCAAAGUAGCUCAGCGUGUCCAGUGAUAUGGCAGACUUGUCAUUGUAUUUAACUAAUAUGAAUGUUUCGUUGGGACGAAAUAUGGAAGGUAACAAGAGUGUAGAAGAUGUGGAAGACUUCGAGAGAGUGGAGAUGGGCAACACUGGCGAGAGGCAGGGGAGGGUUAAGCUUCCCCGGAGGACCAUCUACUUUGCCAGUGGCGAAACAAUGGAAGAGUACAGUACUGAUGACGAGGAAGAGGAACCUGUCAAAAAGGAGGUGGUGACUGCCGAUACGUCGAAACUGACCUGGGGACCGUACUUCUGGUUCCACAUGUGGCGAAUGGCAACGUCAACUAUUUCAGUGUGUGACUACAUGGGAGAGAGACUUGCCUCUCUUUUUGGGAUCACUGCUCCUAAAUACCAGUACGCCAUUGAUGAGUACUACCGUAUUAAGAAAGAGCAGGAGGAAGAAGAGGAGGAGAACCGUCUGGCCGAUGAGGCAGAGCGUCAAUUUGCAGAGGAGCAGAGGAGCGAAAGGAAGGAUGCUGCCCCAUCUAGCGUGGAGCAGCCUGGAGCAUUAGGAGCUUCCUUUGUUAAUGUUUCCUUUGACCACAAGCCCGAAGAACCUCUCAGCACUUCCGACAACAACAGAGCGCCGUGUCCUCUCCCUUCAUGACAACACAAAACCUCUCACUUGCAACUCGGAUGAAUGCUAAUCGACUUUCUUGUAACAAUUAAUAUCCUUAUUUUUUUAUGCUUGCAUUUUGUUAAAAGAGGGCUCCGUGAACAGCGUAGGGAAAAAAGACGAGGUCAUGUUACUGCAUUUGUAGCAGUGAUUUGUCUAGAGCAGGUCUUGUUUGUUUUAAAAACCAAUCGUGUUUUGACAAGGACACCGCAGGUUUAUUUAACACUAUCCGAGGCGGUAGCAUAAACGCAGAGUUGCACUCCAUUUCACAACUCCUAGUGCCUAUAUGCUCUCUAUGCAUCUUGACGAUAUGAUGUCAUCCUAACUCCGCAGGAUUUCACUUUUAUCAUCAGGUUUUCAUUUCAAAAUAAUAAAACAAAUUAUUUAAUGGUU